GAUUGGGCGUUUGAGUUUGUGCGUGCAGAAGGCAGAAGAGAGCAUCGCAGGCAGGAACGAACAGAGGAGGAGGGGGGACAGAGAGAGAGAGAGAGAGAGAGACACAGAACCGGAGCUUGUGAAGAGAAAGCGGGAGGGAGCUGGAGGCAGCGAGGCUGGACGACCGCUCAAACACUGCAGUCUUUCUUUUGCUUCUCUGAGGAAACUGUCUUCUCUCUACUCUUCCUGCCUCUUUCUGCUUGGCCAUGACCCAGCUGGACACCUUCAUUUCUUUGCCCAUGUAGAGAAGAGGAGAGAAAGCGCAGGAGGGAAAGGCGAGAAGAGGGGACACCGCUUACUUUGCUUCACUGAUGACAAUCUGGAAAUUAAUUAACCGCCGUCAGCACAGGAGGGGGGGCCAGAGCAAUAGAGGGGCACAGAGGGAGAGCUGAACAGGGUGAAUUGCUAGAUGUGUGAAGGAUGGGGCUGUGGAGGCAAAGAGAAUAAACCCUAGACACUUUUCAGAGACGAAGGGACAAGUUAGGGCAGUAGAAGAAGGAGAGAAAAUUUGAGAAACCAAUAAUUCAAGAAGCCAAAGAAUGAUCCACUCACACUUCAUCUUUUCACGCCUCAGUUCCUCUCUAUUCUUCCUUUCACAUCCAUAACACCACCCAUCCCUUUCAUCUCAUUUUCUUUUUUUUCCCUGCAUGUCAGCAAAAGCACAUCAGCAACCACAUGGACACCGCCGAGCACUCACACACGACUUAAACCACAGCGCAGCACUUCAAUCACAGUGGAAGUGUUAUCUGUUACUGCGUUAAAAAAAAGAAGCCGAUUGGCUGAAGCGAGGGUGUUAUUACGUCCCGGCUGAAAACACCUGCACAGGAGUUUCUCAUGAGACCAGGUAGGACGUUUCCGGAUCACUUUGUCGACCCAAAGCAGCUGGAGAGGUCGAGUCAGAGCCCUCUGGUCGUUACGAGAUGAAACUGCAAACCAGUUUAUCUCUGGUAGCAUGACACCUGUGUUUGACAGAUUAGAGAGAGGAAUACAGGGGUGUGCAGAUGUGUACAUGUGUGUUAGAAUUAUGUCCUAAAUACACAGAAUUACACAGGUGUUGCAACAGGAUUAUGCAAAGUCUCCUACUGAAUUUUAUGACACUAUAGGAUUAAAAAGAGGAAGUCAAAUCAAGUGAAAGGCAGCACAUUAUCUUCCACGGCUUAGUGCAGAUCAGGUGUGAUCACGCUUGAGUGUAAUGAAAUCCACGCUUUGAUAAGGGGUCGUAAUUACUUUUGAGAUCAACUCAGGAGAGGUUGACACGUUAACGCUCAACCCUCAGUGGAAUAACUUGUGGUCCCUCGCAGUGGACUUUGAAACACAGACUAUUAAGAACUCUUACCAGAGACACAUUUGGCUCCAUAAUGAGGCGCUCAAGCACAGAUGAGACCCCGUAUCGGCGCAGUCCCUCUUUGGACAGUAAACCCGACACGCCGCCGUUCACUUCUGGGUUUCACCGCUUCAGUGGGGAGUUUGAGUAUAAGAGGCCACCGUUCGCAUUUGGCUUCCACACCACAAAGGGGCCACAGACGUCCAAGGGGCGCUACGCACAAGGGAAGAAGUAUGUGGUGUUUUACCUGGACCUGUCCUUCAUAUUCCUCCUAGAACUGCGUCGCUGCAGGAUGGCCGAAGGUUGCAUGAUGGCCCUGCGAUAUGGAAUGGUCUUCUUCAAUCUCCUCUUUUGGCUGGGAGGAUGUGGAAUCCUCGGGGUGGGAGUCUGGCUCUCGGUGACCCAGGGAAACUUCGCCACCUUGUCAUCAUCGCUUCCCUCCUUGUCGGCGGCCAACCUCCUCAUCGCGGUGGGGACCAUCAUCAUGGUGAUUGGAUGUCUGGGUUGCGUCGGUGCCGUCAAAGAGAGCCGUCCCCUGCUCCUCACUUUCUUCAUCCUCCUUCUGCUCAUCUUCUUCCUGGAGAUUCUGUCCAUCAUGCUCUUCUUCAUCUACCAGGAUGAGAUCGAUCAUUACGCUCAGAGGGAUCUGAAGAAAGGGCUGCAGCUCUUUGGCACAGAAGGAAACGUGGGUCUAACCAACGCCUGGAUGAUUGUCCAAACUGAUUUCCGUUGCUGUGGAGUCACUAACCACACAGACUGGUUUGAAGUGUACAACGCCACCCGUGUGCCCGACUCCUGCUGCCUGGAGUACAGCGACAACUGUGGCCUGGACAACCCCGGAACAUGGUGGACAGCGCCGUGCUACGAGCGAGUGAAGGACUGGCUUAAUGAGAACCUGGUGGCGCUCUGGAUCUUUGCUCUAUGCACAGCACUUAUGCAGAUCCUGGGCCUGGUUUUCUCCAUGACCAUGUUCUGUCAGGCAGUGAAAGUAGAGACCUUCUACGCCUAGCGCUCGACCUCUCCGCCCUUCAGCACAUUCGGAUUGUUUCUCAUCAGAGAGGGACAGAUAUAGACCCGCCCCUCCUCCUCCUCCUCCUGCUCCUGCUCCUCCUCCUCAUUUUCUUCCUCUUCCUCCCCACAGAAAGACUCUUAUUUCCCAUGCUUUGCCCUCUCUGUGACAUUCCUUCUUCGAUGUCACCAGUUCACAGUUUUCUGCUAAUUAUCAACAAAGCACAGUGUCAAUGUAAUACCUGAGUUGGUUCCUAUGGUUUGCUCUGUGUCAAAAGCUAAUUUCUGUGAUACAUUUUAUGAAACAGUAUUAUGAACAUGUAUAAAACUGUGUAACCCUUUUUUAAACGUGUUUUGUUUUAAAUUAUUUUAUGGUUUGUAUGUGUUUCCAAAUGAGAGCUACAGCCUGGAAAGUGCACUGUUGAGGUGCUGCAAAUGCAUGUCUGCGAUGGUGUGUAUUAAAUGUUUUUGGCUCGACUAAA